GCUCGUUUAUUGAACAGCCCAGUUAGGGAGAAGAGGAUCUAGGUUUUUAGUGUUGGUAGUGCUGCUGGGGUUAUAAAGACGUACUAAUAGUGCAGAGACAGAAGAUGGCGCCAGCUCUCAGCUUCUCCACCUGCAGAGGACAGUGAAGGCCCGAUGACAGCAGCGAUAGCUACGACCCCUGACAGCCUGACGGCAACACCCACAGUCAUCACAACAACAUCCCCAACUGACUGUCUGAUGACCGAGCUUUCACUGUUCACACAACCGCUACAGCUGCUUGAAGGAGGGCUCAUCUAACAGGCAGCGUUGACCUUCAGGCUGAAAGGUCAAAGUUGUGAGGGUUGUGCUCAAUGGAUCAUGGUGGUCAGUUUGAGAGGGAGGGCAGAGUAAUGUCCCACAUUCAGGUGGGUGAGGUUGACCUCUGUGAUAAUCUCCCCAACCCUCAAGCUCUCACUGCCCAAACUCGCAACCUCAACGAGACAAACACACUCACAAACACUCAGAGUCUCUCUCCUUCACAACAUGAGGACGGAGGAGAGCACACACUCAUUCAUGAUGCUGUCCUUUGUGAAAGUGGAAAAGAGGGAUACACGGGAAGGGGUGGAGAGGAAGAUGAGGAAGAGGACAUGGAUGAGAUGAUGAAGGAAGAUGAGGAAGAGGAGGAAUCAGAGGGAUCAAGCUGUCUUAUUCGCUGCCAGUCUCCAGGCACGCCCAUGACCGACUCAUCCUAUUCAGAAACUGGCAGUUUGUUGGAAACUCCAUAUCCUUUUAGUCCCGGGACCAGUCCGGAGCCUACAUCCCCUGUCGUUCCAGUGGUCAGUCCAGAAACUACAUAUCCAACCAGUCAAGUGGAAGUGAGCCAGAAUGUUGUCAAAGUGGACUCUGACAACUCCAACACUGAAUCUUUUGCUGAAUCUGGUACAGAGACUGUUGCACCGGCACUUGUCAGCACAGGGCCGGUGGAUUGUACUACACUAACUCAGACCUCAGACAUCAAGCCUGACAGCCCACCAGGGUCGAUUUUGACCACAGCAAAAAAUACUAGCACCACUGCAGAAUGUCUUACCUCAUCCACAGAGACCUUCUUCAACCAUGGGCCCUCAGUUUCUGUUACUUCCACACCUGUGGGUUCAACUACAGGAUCUCUUACUUAUGCCACAGGGCAUACAACCACUGGUACAGAAUCCACCUCCACCACAGGACCUCAGACCUUAAGUUGGGAACACAUUAUUGCCUCCACUCCAGUGCCCACUAGUUUCUUAGUCCCCACCUGCGCCACAGGGCCUAUUCCAAGCCCUGCUUUGUUAGAGACUCUGGAGGAGCUUGCAAAAAGAGGAGAUGAACCUUACCUUCCACAGUACCUGCACCAGAUUGCUGAGGCCUUUGUCCUCCAGGAAGACUACCAGCAGGCGUUGUGGUGCAUCCAACUAGAGAGACUCUAUCAUCAGAGAAUACUGGAAAACCUGAAUGCACUACAGGAACAGUGGGAGAGCCAGUGUAGAGGGACUUCCUCAAGCCUGGAAACCCAACAUCUGGACACUCUUAAACACAUCUGUCAGACACACAGUCGACCAAGGGCUAAAGAUGCCUCGUGUGCAUCUCAGAAUUUAUUGAGCUCAACAAUUAAGGAACGUGGUGCACUGACUACAUGUACCUCAGCCCAUCAGAGUGACAGAGGGAUGGAGCAAAGAGCAGCAGACUCCUCCCAUUCUCUGAGCAGCUGUCCAGUCAAACCCUCCAUUAAUUUAUCUGAUGGACACAAUUCCCCUGAGAUGUCAGAAAAGGACAGGAGAGACCCAGACAGGGAAUCACCAGGGAGGGAUUUCAGCGAUAGUGAAGGAAGAAAGCCGGAAGAAGGAGUAGGACGCACCAUCUCUGUCAUAGGAAACGAGCUGCACCCCUCUCUGACUGGAGAAAUGGAUCAGCCCAAGCCCGCAGAGCAGCAGGGAGGAGAUUUAGGUCUAGCAGAGGAAAAGGAGGCAAAAAGGGAAGAAGAGACUGAGGUGGAGGAGGCAGCAGAGGCCCUGGAGAUGGAAGAGGAGGGAGAGGAAGAAGAGGAGGAGAAACAGAGAGAAAGAGAAUCUCCUUUUUGUCAGAAAGCUCUACCAGUGGAGACUCUGAUCAGUGGGGCAGAGGUGGAGGCACAACAUCUGCACCAGGAAGCCCGAACCGAGGAGAAGCAACACGAUGAGACACAGGAGAGUGAUAAGACCUACCUGGAGCAGGAGGCCCAUCUGCCCACAGGGGCUCAUGUGAAGCAGCAGAAGCAGACUGAAGAGAGGAUGGAGGAAGAAGAGGAAGAGGAGUAUGAAGUAGAGCAGGCUGACUUAAUCAGAGAGGCUGCAGUUCUGGACAACAUGGCUAAACUCAUCACAAUAGAGGAGAUGUCUCCUGCCUCCGGCCUGGUCUCCAUAUUAAAGAAGAGGAAGGUUUGUGUGGAUGACAUGAGUGUGCCUGCUACUGUAGAGCCACAGCCUGACAAAACCCCUGCCAAAAGACGGGUCCGCUUCAAAGUACCUGAUGACAGCUAUGAGCAUGAUGUUGGAGGUGGGGACUCCUGCCUGCUUCUCUUCCUGCUUUGUAUGGUAACUGUAGUGAUCAGUGUGGGUGGCACUGCCCUGUACUGUGCUCUUGGUGAUGCCCAUUCCUCAGUCUGUCAGGACUUCUCCAGAAAUGCAGACUUCUAUAUGGGCCAGCUGCAGCGAGGGAUAGCUCACAUCCAACACCUGUUUACCUCCGGGUCAUAGCAGCAAACAGUGUCAACUUUGCAGUAUUUCUGGCCAUUGUGUGUAGCACUGCUGGUUCAGGCGCUUCCUGGGACAACGCUUUUGGAGUAUAUGCUGCCAGGAAGUUGCAACAGUCCUUGAUGCUAUUUGGAGCAAAGGGCUGCUAUACUUCCUAAUGGCUGAGCAAUUACACCAGAUCAGUUGGCAUUUGUAGACGCUGUCUUCUGCAUAUUUAAUGUUUGGACACAAUCCAAGGGGUAAUACGGAAAGUCUGCAACACACGUCUGCAAGGGAAAGCAUAACAAAGAGAGAGAAUAACUGGAGAAUAGUGGCUGCUUAAAAGAAAGAGAAAAACUGACCAACUCCUCUAGCCCAGUCAAGACAGAAUAAGUGAUUCAAUCUUUAAGAUAGGAUUAUAAAUCCUCUAUAUGACUAAAAUGUCUUAUUGAAGUAGCUGCAACGUGUUCACCAUCAGCCCGUGAUACUUAAGUCUGAAAUCACUGGCGGAUAAGUGAACCAUGGCUGGAUACAAACACUGGAUCGAGACUCAACUCUCUGAGUUAAGAACAGUAACAAGGUAAUCACAGCUGUCUCCUUGUGAGAUGUCAAAAUGCUAUAUAUUGUACAGUUUGUUACCUGGGUGUGAUCUCUCCAUACACACACUGCACAAAUGGGAUGUGGCCCAGUGGGCGUUUUACAGCCUGCUGCAACCACUAGUGUUGCUUUUAUUGUUGACUUUUUAAAAUCACAACUGAAAUUUUAAAAUGAACAAACCAUUAUGUGGUCUGCUACUUGGAAUGGAAACUCUAUGUCUUAAUCAACUUUUCAAUGAAUGUUUGGAGUUUAUUGUUAAUUGUUUGUUUUAAUCUGUGGGGCAUUUUUAUAUUGUCAAAAAGAUUGAAUGGAUUAUUUUGGUAUUCAUCAAACUGAGCUAAAGGACAACAGGAACAUGUCCAAUGGGGGAAAACUACACGUUUUCAAUGUAACAAUUGUUAUCUAAUGUGAUGCAUUGCAUUUACAUUGAGCAGUUGCUGAAGAACUCUACAUGAGCAGUACUCUGUGUGUUCUUUUCCACCCCUUUUUUAUGUAGCAUAAGUAUGUAACAUGCUCAUGAACACAGUGCACCUCUGUAUAUAGCUGCUGUCAGAAGAAUGUUUAACACUUUGCACGUUAGACAGGUACGGUUUUUUUAACAUGAGAUCUCAUUUUUUUCAGUGACCCCAGACUUCAUACAGGCUUGAUUUGAGACUAAAAGGACCCAAAAUCCAUACAAUUGUUCAGGUUUAAUGGAAAAAAAAGCAAGGGAAUAUUAGUCAUGCAAGGGCAAUUUGAACAGAACUCGCUACAUAAGCUGCUAAAGGUAGAUAUGCAUGAUUUCAGUGGCAAAGAUAAAUGAAAUUCAGUAAAAGAAUUGCACUACUGAUGUAAAAACAACCAUGUAGUGUACUCAUGCAGACCUUGAUCUUGAUGGGAUCAUCUAAAGCAGUGGUUCUCAACUGGUCGGGCAUUAAGACCCUCCACCACCUCCUCAUGAGAAAACUAGACCAAAAGAUUUAAAAAUGUUUAGUCAUUCAAACUUAUUUCCUGAAAAAUUUUGCAAUUUGUCAAAGAAAACUUUAAUGAAAACAAAAAGACAGGAUAAAUCAAACAUGUUUACAAGCCCCAUCAGUACAACGGGACAUGCAUGAAUACAUUUAUUAAUUCCAUUUUCAGAGACAGCAUGAAUAUUUGGUAAUUUCUUGAGGAAUUUCCUAAUUAUCUUGGGAAAAUCUACUUUUUAUCUGGGAAAGGGAUAUGGAUAAGUAGAAAUCUUGAGAAAAUGACCAAAAUUGACUCAGCAUCACAGACAAACCUAAAAAAUGUAUGAAUGUAGUGUAUGUCUAUUUUGGGCUUCCAUAUUUUGUAGACUUGGCUGUAUUUUUUCCUAGCACACCUACACAACCCACUGGAAUCAAUUUCACAACCUACUUUUGGGUCCUGACCCACCAGUUGAGAACCACUGAUCUAAAGCUCUGUGUCAGUCCAGCUCUACCUGCCAGUGUGUUUUUUUUUCACAAUAAUCCCCAAUGUGGGAUUACAAUAUCUGCAUUUUCCUUAAAAAUAUUUUGUCCUCAUGAUGUUUUUGUCACUGCCUUUACUUCCUAAAUGGUCAUUUAUGUAAAGAUUUGCCAAUUUAAUGUGUUAUAUAUUGAGUCAGUAUCGGCAGAAAUUUGAGUUCUGAUUUGAUAAAGAAGGAUCUGACUUUGUAAGAGUGAAAAAAAAAAGCUAUUCUACUUUAAAAAAGGCUUCCACUUCCACUUUCAUCUGAAAGUCUUUAUCCUCACACCAGUGCUUUAACUCUUUUCUGGCUGUUUUCCAGCACAUGUAACUCUUACUGGGUCACUUUUAUGCAGUGCUGUUGAUACUUUUUUUUAUGUUCCAUCGUAACACAAUAUAAAAUUUGGUCUUUUUCAUUAUUAUCCUUUAAUUUAGUGCUAUAGAGGAUUUCAUAAAGAAUACCCUGGAAAAACCACAUAUCUCACAGGUCUUGUCAGCAUGCAAAGAAAAAAAACUCAACAAGGAGAGAUUCAAGUGUCCUAACUAUGCAUUAAUUUCAGUUUGAGAUCACACCACUCUCUCAAGGCGUUUCAUUCACAAAAACUUGAAAAUCAUUUUGAGAUAUGAUGUUUUUCCCAGGAUGUAAGGAACUGCAGAUUGAUCCUUGUUUUAUUUGCACAUGUCAUCUGGCUGGCUCAGAUGGCUUUCACUCAGAAAAAACGUUUAUUUAAUCUUCAGGAUAAUUUGAAUUAUUUAUCAUAUGGCAUGUGUAGCUUAGGUGGUAGAGUCUUGUCUUUGCUUUUUGCCAUCUAACAUCGGAGAGAGUUUUCAUCUUAUUUGCCAUUGUUUUGAGUUAUCAGAGUGAACUUUCUUGUCUUACAUCUCUGAAUAUCAUCAUCUGGGUUGUCAUUGUUAUGUUAUUUCAUUUAUCUUUUAUUAUUUAAGAUAAUGAGAAAUGCAGCCAGUAGGUGCUGGUGCUGCCAUUGUCUUCACCUAAAAUCCGUGUUUUCUUCAAUCUGUAAACUUAUAGUAUCUUAAUAUUAUUUUUUACUCAGUCGGUUUUUAACAAAUCACCAGUUGUUGAUUUUAGUUUGUGUCAGUACUGUGCACUUCUGUUAUCAAGCUGAUGAGAGGCAUUUUGUGUUUUUUGAUGAAAUCUUUUACUUUGUUCUUCCAUACUGUGAUAAGGUUUUAUUUUUUGUUCCUAAAAAACACUCUCCUGUUGUGUCUGAUGUUAAAAUUGUCAAAAAAAUAUGAGCCUCCUUUCUUUCUUUAUGGCAAGACACUUACCUCUCUGCAGCAC